UAAUAAGAUAGAUUAGCGUUGCACUCAACUUAAAGCAUAAGCAGGUCAUCGAGAAUCGAGCUCACCACCUUCCACCACGUGGUCCAAUCCCAUAACCAUCUCCUUUGUCUACGCCCCCACAUCGAUGCACAAUCAGCACAUAUUCCAUUGAUUUGGAGAGAGAAAAAUGGACAAGUAUGAGGUUGUGAAGGAUCUAGGAACUGGAAACUUCGGUGUGGCUCGUCUUCUGAAGCACAAGGAGACCAAUGAGCUCGUUGCCAUGAAAUACAUCGAGAGAGGCCGAAAGAUAGAUGAGAACGUGGCUAGAGAGAUUAUCAAUCACAGAUCACUUAAGCAUCCUAAUAUCAUCCGCUUCAAGGAGGUGAUUCUGACACCUACUCAUCUUGCUAUCGUGAUGGAGUAUGCUGCUGGAGGAGAGCUCUUUGAUCGAAUCUGCACUUCUGGUAGAUUCAGUGAAGCUGAGGCUAAGUACUUCUUUCAACAGCUGAUUUGUGGCGUCGACUACUGCCACUCCUUGCAAAUAUGCCACAGAGAUCUGAAGCUUGAAAACACACUGCUUGAUGGGAGCCCUGCUCCGCUUUUGAAAAUCUGUGACUUUGGUUACUCCAAGUCAUCUAUACUACACUCUAGGCCUAAAUCAACCGUUGGAACUCCAGCAUACAUUGCACCUGAAGUUCUUUCCCGGAGAGAAUAUGAUGGCAAGCACGCUGAUGUGUGGUCAUGUGGAGUAACCCUAUAUGUGAUGCUGGUUGGAGCUUACCCAUUUGAGGAUCCUAAUGAUCCAAAGAACUUCAGGAAAACAAUCCAACGUAUAAUGGCUACACAAUACAAGAUCCCGGACUACGUUCACUUAUCUCAGGAAUGCAAACACCUUCUCUCUCGCAUAUUCGUCACUAACCCCGCUAAGAGAAUCACGCUUAAGGAGAUCAAGAAUCAUCCAUGGUACACGAAGAAUUUGCCAAAGGAGCUGGUAGAGUCGGCUCAAGCGGUGUAUUACAAGAGAGACAACACGAGCUAUUCUCUUCAGAGCAUAGAGGACAUAAUGAAGAUAGUUGGAGAAGCUAGGAAUCUACCUUCAUCUUCUAGUGUUAGCAAAAGCUUGGGAUCAGGGGCUGAAGAUGAAGAGGAAGAGGACGUUGAAGAAGAAGAUGAAUACGAGAAGCAUGUCAAAGAGGCACAUUCUUCUUGUCAAGAGCCUGAUAAAGCUCAAGAAGAAAGAAAAUGAUCUGUUGCUCUAAACUACUUCGUACAUGUUAUUUCACUUUUCGAUUUGAUGUCUGCAUACGUUCUCGUUUUCUUCAACUGUCUAGUGGUUCUGAACAUAACUCAAAAAAUGCUGUCGGAUCUUCAGAGAGUGCUCUCAAGUGAUUAAGACAAGGGGUCAAAAAUAUUAUGAUGAUAAUAAAAUGAUCUCUCUGUUAAGCA